AUGAAUUUCGUCAACGAACGAACAGCUCUGCUUUCGCAACAGACACCCAACGCCAAAGUAUGGAAACAGAGGGAAAUGCACACGCUUCGGGGCGUGGUCUCCGUCGAGUCGACAGGAGAAGACUACCCGUCCAAGCGCCGCGACUCAGGGUACGCUUCUGACGAGGCUCUCGAAGCAGCACCCAAAACUCUGCCACCGGAGCCUCCGAAACGGAAGAAAUCGACCAAAGAUGGACGAAGCUUGAGACGGAAGAGUUAUACGAGAGGCGGAAAACGAGGGGGAAGAGCGUCGGGCGAACGUCGUUGCGAUGGCAUGGCCGCCGCUGACGUCUGUAAAGAGUUUGCACGGAACCGGCAAACAGACCAAGUGUAA